AUGCCACUUACAAACGUCGUCAUCCUGGGCGCUGGGCCUUGUGGCCUCUCAACCGCCAUUGCCCUCGCCAAAUCAUGUAAGACAGGGGUCAGCAAUCAGUCACUCCGUAUCGCAGUGAUUGAGCUGCGGCCGAAGAUACAGACCAUUGGCGGUACCGUGAACAUGACCCCCCUGGGCAUGCGGUACCUUGAUUACCUUGGCGCAGGCGAGCGUCUGCGGUUAAAAUCAAUCUCACUCGACCACGGCGUCGACGCUCUCUCCCUGCGGACAGGGAAGCGACUUGGGAACGUGUGGGGUGGCAUUGGUGCUCGUCGCACUGCUCGAUACCCCCUUGUGGACAGCCUUCUUGAGACGGUAACGCAAGACCACCAAGAUCACGUUGAGGUGCAGUGGGGACGCAAAGUGACAAGCAUAUCCGAGAAAGACGAACAAGUGCAUCUAGAAUUCGAGGACCAUUCAACAAUGCAUUGCGAUCUAUUGCUUGGUUGCGAUGGCAUCCACUCUAGCGCUCGUCGACUUUACAUCGAACCUGAGAGGCAAAAGGUUUUCACAGGCCGUGCCGUAGCGAUGGGAUGGGUUGAAGUAAAUGCUGGCGAGGCCUCGGACGCCAUUGUCUCGCCAAUUACGUUGUCUACUGGGGAACCUGGACUGGUAGACACAGCUGUGGUCAACGGCAACGGCAACGGUAGAUACUUGAUCAUGACCUAUUUCGAGCCGAGCAGGCGCAAUGUCUUCUUUGGCCACGUAAUGUGGACAGGGGAGCCGGAAGGCGAGACACGUGACGGUUGGAAGCUUCGCGGAGACGACAAAGAAGCUAUCAGGAAGGAGGUUGUCGAGUCUUAUAAAGGAGGACGGGUCAGCGGGCUCCAUGAAUUCAUUUCCAAGUGUGAGAGCUGGGACCUCUAUCCGAUUUAUUCUUUACCACCCGGUGGCCGCUGGAGUCGGGGCCGUGUCCUACUUUUAGGAGAUGCGGCACACGCGAUGCCGCCGCAGGGGGAGAGUACUGGUAUUGCCAUUGAGGAUGGAGUACUUAUUGCACGGAUUCUUGAACAAUCAAGUACCAAAUCUAUUGAGCAGAUGUUCGCGGACUAUGAAAAGGUCCGUAGAGCUGUCAUAGACAAGCACUACGUGGACGCAGAGCGGAUGGCCAAAUUCGGGUUCUCUAACACGACCGGCCUCGCCGCUAUCGCCAUGGAAUGGAUCACGUCUGCUUAUAUGUUUGUGAGAAAAUGGAACCAGAGUGCCGAUUUCGCAGGAGAUGUGAGAGAGUUGGAACUGCCAGGCGAACCUGAAAAGAACACGAAAUGA